AUGGUGAACUGCACCUAUAACACAACCGUUCCGGGGAAGGACAUUGCAUCCUAUCCGGAGCCGUAUGAAGACAUUGAGGGGGUCGGCGUUCUUGUGGGGUUUCUCGGAACAGCGUGGUUGAUGAUUGCUAUUAUCCUUGUCUACUACUUGGUCUUCUUCGACCCAGAACUUGACCCAUUUGCCAACACUUCUCGCCAAGCACACAUGGGAGAGUCCGAAACUUUAUACAAACCGAACCCAAUCGACAUAAUGCUACUCAGCUUUAUCCGCAGAGUUAGUGGGAAACUCAUUACCCGCUUUGGCUGUUUUGGAGGCGAUAGCCGACCCUCUCGCCUCUCCAGGCUUCAACGGAGUAUGACAGGGUGCAUCUUGAACUUUGUCGACCUUCAGCUGAUUGCCGGGCUCGGGAUCCUCAUCAGCGGCUUUCUAUCUCUCAGCAAGGACCUGUCCACCUACCAUUGGUCCAUGAUUGUCUACCUCUCAUGGCUCUCUAAUGUUACACAUCUAUCCGGCCUGACAGCUCUCCGAGGCUACUUUCACACUCGUCAGUGGGAGCGAGGAUGGCGACUCGCUCUCAUGUUUAUCUUCAUUGUAAUUCUAAUGAUCGCUCUGGGUCCAACGGCCUUUUUCGACUGGACCGAAGAUCCAAUGGAUAAUGCAGUCGCCGAACCAGCAUCUUCUGCCUGGUGUUUCUUCUCCCCUCGUCAGGCUUUGGAAGCAUUUCGAGAGCGGGGAUACUACGGAUGGUUAUUCUCUGAGACGAAAGGCUUCCAGUCCAUGAUUGUGAGCAUGAUACUGUUGGUGUUCAACUUUUUCAUCAGGACUUUACGUAUAUUUAGUUCUGUCUCUGGAGCCAUCGAUCGCCGCGUGCGAAAAAGGGUGAGCCAGCUGGCGAAACGUGGUCUCCGCAGACUCAGACAGAGUCGACGGCCGUUCUCAUGGGCAUUAAAUCAGAGGCAGUGGGAUCUGAUGGUGGUCAAACCUUGUCUAGCAGCGUUCCUGGUCCUGCGCCUCUAUGUUGAUAUCUUUGUAUCCACAUCAUCCGAGGUUUAUUGGUUACUCAUUUCGAGCUUAUGGGCUACGCUCCACCUUGAUGGGCUGAGAACAACCGCCUCAAAAUACAGGGAACAACCGUCAGACGAGAGCAUCACAUGGACAUUUGGCCAGACUCUCCCCGUCUUGAUGCUCCUUGGACCGGCCAUAACGGCGGUCGGGGCCUUUUUUGGCGACUCCGAACAUACCGACUACCCCUCGGAUCCUCCCACCUCCGUUGAAGUGGACAGAAGUGCAGGACUAGACCGCCAGUCUUUAACUCACACCAGGAGCAUUUCAGGGAGUGGGUUUGAGGGACGGCCUGCUCUUGGAGGUGAAAGUGAGACAUCUCUCCUUGGACCCGGAGCAAGAGACACAACGGCGCAAGUUGGGAUGCAAUUCGAAACCGACACAAAUAAUCAAGCCGUGGAGUGGUUGGAGCGGAACUACUAUGAAACCAACUGGGCUCCCCCGAUAUGCUUUUGGUCCUGUCUGCAGAUAUCCUUAGUUGGGAUCUUCCUGGUGACCCCCAUUUUAACGUAUUUCACCGGCGGCACCCCCCUCAACUUGCUGUUUAUGUUAUGGGUCUGGACACUUUUUGGACAGCCAGCAGCGAUAUUCUCGAUAAUUCUUGUCAAUGUUGCUGGUGAGGAGUUUGUGGGAGGGAGAAAGUGGCUCAGCCAUGGGGCAGUCUGUCAUGGGCUGACCUUUGGCUUUUGCCUUCUUGGGGGUAUUAUGGUGUAUGAGGCUUUGAUGUUUUUCCAAGCAAGGUAA